GCCGCGACGGGGGCCUCCUCGUCGGCUCUUCCCGGGGGUCCCGGCCCCCCUCCCCGAGCUCCCGGAUGGUGUGAGGCCUUCCCUGCCUCCCUCCCACCCCCCUUUUUCCCAGCGCUCGCCUCAGCGCGGGAACAAAAGCCCUGGCAACAGGGCGGGAUUGGCGCGGGAGAGCGGGGAAGGCCACACAAAGAGAUUCCUCAGGCCCGGGGCCUUCCCCGCCGGUCCCCGCCGGUUCCCCGGACCGGCGGCCCGGAGACGGGGGGGGAUCCAGGCCGGGGAAGGGCACCGGGAGGACGGACGGGAGGAGGAGGAGGCCGUGCCACGCCGAAGCCGGAGCCGCCCCGGGGGAGCUGCAGACGGCGCUGCGGGCGUUGAGGAUGGCGGAGGCGUCGGCCUGGCGGUCCGGCUGUGCCCGGGGCCUGUUCUCGCUCUACAGCUGCCGCUGGCGGGGCCACGGGACCCUGGAGACCAGCCAGUGUGACCGCGUGUGGUUAGGCCUGCUGUCGGCCACGUGUCUCCUGGCGGUGGGCUGGCUCUACGUCAGCCUCGUCCUGCUCAACGACCUGCACAACUUCAACGAGUUCCUCUUCCGGAACUGGGGCCACUGGUUGGACUGGUCGUGGGUGCUGAUGCUCGUGGCCUCCCUGCUGGUCGUCUACUCCUCCGUGCUGCUGCUCCUGGCCCUGCUCCUGGUGUUGUGUGGGAAACCGCUCAGGCUCCACUGGCUGCACAAGGGCCUGUUGCUGUUGACCGUGGUGGUGGUGGGCGCCGGCCUGCUCCUGCUCGGGGUCCAGUGGCGGGAAGAGUGGGACAGCCUGCGCCUCUCCCUGCAGGCCACGGCCCCCUUCCUCCACAUCGGCUGCGCGGCGGCGCUGACCCUGCUGGCCUGGCCGGUGGCCGACGCUUACUACGGGACCCCGCGGACAGGGUGUCGGGGGCUGCUGAUCCCGUUCCUGGGUUCGGCCCUGGCGGUCUACCUGCUGCCCCUGGCCAUCUCCUCGCCCUGCAUCAUGGACCCCGCCCUCCUGCCCCCCAAACCCACCCUGGUGGGCCACCGAGGGGCCCCCAUGCUGGCCCCCGAGAACACGCUGAUGUCGUUGCGGAAGACCGCCAAUUGCGGGGCGAGCGUGUUCGAGACGGACGUGAUGGUCAGUUCGGACGGCGUCCCCUUCCUCAUGCACGACGAGAGGCUGGUGAGGACGACCAACGUCGCCCCGGAAUGGGCCAACGAGCACAGCAGUAACCUCUCGUGGAAGGAUCUGCGGACCCUCAACGCCGGCUCCUGGUUCCUGCGGCGUCGGCCUUUCUGGGGGUCCCCGGCCCUGUCGGAGGGGGAGCGCCUGGAGGCCGAGAACCAGUCGGUGCCGGCCCUGGACCAGGCCCUGCGGGUGGCGGCCGACCUCCGCCUGGCCGUCAUGUUCGACCUGCGCCGGCCCCCGGCCCACCACGCCCACCGCCACGACUUCGUCCAGAAGACCCUCGGCGCCGUGCUGGACGCCGGCGUGCCCCAGGACAUGGUGCUCUGGCUUCCGGACGAGGAGCGGGCGGAGGUCCGGCGGCGGGCCCCGGGGCUCCAGCACGUUUAUGGCAGACACGGGACCCCCGGGGCCCUCCCCGGGACCCUCCGCGGGACCCCCAACGGCACCCGCGGACCGCCCCCGCGCCGCCUCAACCUCCCCUACCAGGACCUGCCACGCCUCGACCUGCCGGCUCUGCACCGGGACAACGUGUCGGUGAAUCUGUUCGUAGUGGACGCCCCCUGGCUCUUCUCCCUGCUGUGGUGCUCCGCCGUCGAUUCCGUCACCACCAACGCCUGCCACCGCCUCCGACAGCUGCGGCACCCGCUCUGGCUCAUCAGUCCUAGGACCUACCAGCUGGUCUGGGUGGUGACGGACUGCGUCUCGGCCCUGCUGCUGCUCUGGACCUUCUCUGUCCAGCGGAGACGGGCCAGGAAAAGAGAGCGAUGCGGCCCAGAGUCCACCGUGCUGCUGACGAGGAUCGACAGCUUCGUCUCGUCGGCGACCAGUUCGUCCCCGGGGCCGCCGCCGGCCCCCGCGGAGACCCCCCGGCCCCCCAACGGACCGUGACCCGCGGCCAGAGUCCGGGGGGGGUCUUCGGGUCGAGACGUCGGGGACGUCGGCCGGGGGGAGGGGGCUACUCCUCCCGGGGUCGACCGGCCCGGAGGCGGGGCCGUGGACAGGACGACCCGCAGAGGGAAGCGAUGACCCCGUGACGUCCCCCGACCUCGAUCCCCGCGGUUUCGGUUGCCCUCCAACCGUUUAAUAAAUAGGAUUUUCAAGUCAGA